CCUACACCGCCUCCACUAUCGCUGCCUCCACAUCAACAUCCCCACCCUCACCAUCUUCUCGACCGCUACCUUCACCAUUACCACCUUCGAAUCAAAUUCCCUAGAAUCUGCAACUCCUCCAUCAUCACCACCACCGCCUGUGCCUCUAUCUCCACCUCCAUCUCCACUUCUGUUCAUACCUCACCAUUAUUAUGAAAUUGCUUCUGUUAUACGAUAGAUUGGGUCAUGAUGAUCAGAUGCACCUAGAUAUGUAUUCGCAAUUGAAGAUGCGCCUCUUGUGAUGAUGGGGACGAACAAACCAGUUCGGAUAGAGAACCCGACGCUGGAAUCAACGCACAGGAAUCCAAUAUUGGAGUUCUCAAACCCACUCAUUCAUGGAUUUCUCUCAUUCUCAAUCUCGCUGUGGCGAUGAUGUUGGAUGCUUCUUCUUUCAUGCCUCCCCCUACCACUAACUAGCGGUUGCUUCUUUUCCUAUGUGCGUACAUAUCGGAUUUAGUAUGAAAUGCUUAACUGAUUCUAUAGGAAAAUCACGGACAAUAAUUUUGGGAACGAAUUGGUGUUGAUGAUGAAUAAGGAGAGAGCAAACGCGAUCGGUAAAGUUUGAUGAGACCUGGGUUCUGAAUCGUUGCCUUGGACGCCGACCACCAUCUAUGAAGGCUACGCUUUUAGUGUCAUUGGUCAGCGUGCUCCAUAGAGAUGAUGAUCAGUGGCCCAAACGGGAAAAAUAAGAGAAGGGUCACUAUUUUCCACUAAGAGAAUUAAUCUAUUGAAAAUGGCCGCAAUUGCAGCCUCCACCCUGCAAUUGGCAACAACAAGGCCUUACUUUUCCUCUUCUUGCAGAGUUUUCAAGGCGGGUGCCACUACUUUUGGUUCUAAUUCUAAACAGGCAUCAUUGGCUAAGCUCACCAGUGCUUCUCAUAUAUCAUUUCUACCACCUCCUCUAGUACAGAAUUUCAAGUCAUGGUCAGUUAAAUUAAAUAAGUUUGCCACAAAAGCAAUGUCUGAGUCUAGUGACAGUAAGCAAGUGCCUGGAUUGCCAAUUGAUUUGAAAGGUAAACGGGCUUUUAUUGCUGGUGUGGCUGAUGACAACGGGUAUGGUUGGGCAAUAGCAAAAUCUCUUGCUGCUGCAGGUGCUGAAAUUCUGGUUGGGACGUGGGUGCCUGCUUUAAACAUUUUUGAAACCAGCCUACGACGAGGAAAGUUUGAUGAAUCACGAGCGUUGCCAGAUGGUUCUUUAAUGAAGAUCACCAAGAUCUAUCCACUUGAUGCAGUGUAUGACAACCCUGAAGAUGUGCCUGAAGAUGUGAAAACAAAUAAGCGCUAUGCAGGAUGCAGUAAUUGGACUGUUCAGGAAGCUGCUGAAUCUGUCAAACAGGAUUUUGGCAGUAUAGACAUUCUUGUGCAUUCACUUGCUAAUGGGCCAGAGGUCACUAAACCUCUGUUGGAGACGUCAAGAAAAGGGUAUCUCGCAGCUGUAUCUGCAUCUAGUUACUCCUAUGUUUCUUUGCUCAAGCAUUUUCUACCAAUAAUGAAUCCAGGUGGUUCUUCAAUUUCUCUAACUUAUAUUGCUUCUGAGAGGAUCAUUCCAGGUUAUGGUGGAGGCAUGAGUUCUGCCAAAGCUGCACUUGAGAGCGACACAAGAGUGCUUGCUUUUGAAGCGGGAAGGAAACGCAAAAUUAGAGUGAAUACAAUAUCUGCUGGUCCAUUAAGAAGUCGAGCUGCAAAAGCAAUUGGUUUUAUUGACAUGAUGAUUGAGUAUUCAUUAGCCAAUGCACCCCUGCAAAAGGAACUAUCUGCAGACGAGGUGGGGAAUACUGCCGCCUUCUUAGUUUCGCCUUUGGCUUCUGCCAUUACUGGUGCUGUUAUAUAUGUCGACAAUGGCCUCAAUGCAAUGGGCAUGGGCCUCGAUAGUCCGAUACUCAAGGACCUCAACAUCCCAAAAGACAAACACUAGAGAUAACUGCAUGUAGAUUCACGAAGAACGAAACUUGAGCUUUAGUUAGUGCUGCCUUUCUUUUCCUAUCUGAUUCUUUUAUCCCUUGAUUGGCAUUACGCUAAGGGGUUCUGCCUGAGGCGUCUUUUUCGUCCUUUUUUUUUCAUGAGAUUUUGUCUGAAGUGUGGGGCCAUUGAUUGAACAUGCUGAUUAAUGUAAAUCAAAAUUUUUAGGUGUGAAUUUCCUUGGUACAUUCAAUUUAUUCUGAGCUACUCCAAAAUUUAUUCA